CCAUGUCAUAUCUUCAUUUCAAGUGAGAUCCUGCAGAGCUCGAUCCCUGCCACCUUUCCUUUCUGGUGCCACCCCCACCUCAAAAACAACACGUUCCCAAGACUCCACCCCUCCUUCACCCUCCUGGUCAAAUUCCAUUCACUGCUCUCACCACCACAAGCCCAAUCACCAAUCUCAGGCAGGACGUCCCUGAGAACAUCAGCAGCUUUUUCUUUGCUCUUGCACGGCUAAAUCUAAAAAUGUCCUGGACGCGACCUCUUCUUCUCACCUGUCUCUUUGUUUUGUCCGUCAUCACCUUGUUCCAUGGAGCCGACAGCGCCGCUGUGUCCGAUAAGAAGGCAGCCAGUCCUCAAGGUGCACUGAGGAAGAUCUUCAUGCAAGAGGCAGAUGCCUCCAGCUUCUUCAAACGGCGAGGAAAGAGGGCUGUGAAAACUCAAGAUGAGAUAAACGCUGAGCAGAGACAGAGGCUGGCUGCAGAUGCGAGAAGGAGGGAGUAUCAUGAGGAACAGACAAAUGAGUUUGAGAGUUACGCUGAAGAGGAGCACGACGAGCAAGACGAGCGCACCAGAGAGAAGACAGAGCAGUGGAGAGAGUUUCACUACGACGGCCUUGACCCAUCUUACGAGUACAACCGACACACGGUCUAAAACAGAGGAUAACUACAGGAGAACGGGUACAGAGCUUUACAGUACUUUACAGCAUAUUUCUGUAAAGGCGUUUUGGCACAAUGUCUGCAGUAAACAAGCACACAAUAGCGCAAAAGAACGUAGCCUUAUAGGCCUAUGUGUAUUUAUGCAUGCAGAGCAUAUGUAAUCCAUGUAUAAUAGUUCUCUAAAAAGAUGUACAUUUAUUCAUAGGCUUUUAUAACCCUUACUCUACUAAUAACUUGGUUAUUUUUAUGGCUAGUUUAAAAUGUAUUGUACAUUUCGUCACACACACUAUAAUGACAAAAGUCAUUGCACAAGUUACAGAAAAUCUGUAACAGUCUUGUUAAUGAGUAUUAUUUUUCAAAGAAUUUAACCCGAUUUGUAUUCGUUUUGUGCUGGGAUAAUGUAAAGUGCUACAUUUAAUACAAAAAAUAGAGUUCUUUUAGUUUUGAAUGAGUCUGGACAACAAUAAAACUAGUGUUUGUUAUCUUGGUCUUUAAUGAAAAUGUGAAACCAUACACUCACCACAGAACAAAUCUACUAAAGAGAAAACACUGCUUACAUCAUUUCUGCGUCCCCUGAUUGAAAGAACCAGCACUCAGCUGCUAAAUUCAGAGGGCCGGUAUGAAGACAUGCAAGAUUGAGAGCAGAAACUGUUUGAAUCUCUCACGGUCGUAUAUCAGUGGACACAGCAUAUCAAAACGGCUUCAGCUAAACUGGAAAACUGCAUGUUUGUAUUCGUACACUCGACAAUGUGUGAAAUUCUAGUCGUUUUUCGCUUCACUGAAACACAAAAUCAGCAAAUACUAAUAACCGUCACUGAAGCUGGUACUUUUCCUAUCGAGCUGUGAUAAAACAAACACGUUAUUGGACAAGCGUUCAUCAAUCUUCUCAUUAAAACACAAUUAAAAGAACAAAAUCAUGAUAACAGUUUACAUUACAGUGUCUUUAUUACAUAUAUUUAAUAAUAAUGUACUAUUAAUAAUAGUAAUUUGAGUGGCAAUAGCAAUAAAUACUUGAAUUUACACUGCGCAACAUAAUCACUGCAAUGUAAAGUGUGACCAAGAGUCGUUUUAAAAAAGCAAAGCUUACAAAAUAAAUCCAAAACAUACACAAAACACUUUUAAAAAGUGCUUUUCGCCACCCUUUCAUACCUCCAAAAACAGUUGACACACAAAUCACUCCAGAUUCUUUCACUGAUAUUAACAAAUUGCUGAUAAAACCAUUAAACUGCACAAUUCCGUUUGUUUAUGCAAUAUUCACAUCCUUCAUUCUCUCAUUAAUAAAUGCCAGAGGCAUCCAGGACCGAAUUUCAAGUUCAUACGUAUUGGAUGACAGUAAACCUGGCUAUUGGUUUAAAGGUGACAUAUCAUGAAAAUCGGACUUUUCCAGGUUUGAAGUGCUAUAAUCAGGUC